AUGUUCUUCGAUAAGUUUACCAUCGCUUUCCUCGCUAUCGGCGUUGCAUCUGUCAAUGCCUUCACCGGGACAGCUUUCUUGCAAGGACAAGACAACUUCGAGAUUUGCCCCAACACUUGUCCUCGAACCUCACUCGGGUUUGUAGGAGUUGCUCCGGAUAAGAUCGCAGAAGGCAGGGCGCGCUGCUGUGCUGUCGUCUCGAUUGCGUACGAAGGCAAGAACGUCUUUGGGAUGAUUCUAGGCACAUGCCCUUCUUGCGCUCGUUCUGAUAAUAUCACUUUGAGUGCUAAUUUGUUCCAGCAAGUUGGUGUGGAUCCAACUUCCGUUAAGGAGAUUUCUCCUGUAGUGUGGAAUGUUUUGUAG